CCUCUGGCAACGUAACACAGUCAACAGAGGACAAAUGAUAUGCACUAUAAAUAAAUUUGUAUCCCCAUCUUUUAGUUUCAACGCAUACCAAAUAUUUCCACUUUGCUCUCAGAUUAUCUCCUUAUUAUUAUCCCAGAUAUCAAUAGUAACAUAGUACUCGUAUAAAAUGUCGGGUGAAGAUCAUUCACAAAAGAAGGUGAUGUUUGACGGAGAAGCGGCUUCGUCGUUGGUGAAGGAGCUGAGGGUGAGCUUUAGUUCUGGUAAGACACGAAGUUAUGAAUGGAGAAUAUCACAAGUGAAAGCUCUUUUGAAGAUGGUUGAUGAACAACAGGAUCAAAUCAUUGAUGCUUUGCGUUCUGACCUUGCUAAACCACCGCUUGAAACUGUUGUCUACGAGAUUGGUAUGUUUAAAAACUCAUGUGAAGUCACACUGAAGGAAUUGAAACAAUGGAUGGCCCCAGAGAAGGCUAAAACUUCAGUCACAACUUUUCCUUCUUCAGCUGAAAUAGUACCUGAACCACUCGGUGUUGUGUUAGUCAUCUCUGCAUGGAACUAUCCAUUUCUGCUGUCGCUUGAUCCAGUCGUUGGAGCUAUAGCAGCUGGAAACGCUGUGGUUCUAAAACCAUCAGAAAUUGCUCCAGCCUCGUCUUCACUGCUGGCAAACUUAUUAGGGAGGUACAUGGAUAACUCAUCUGUAAGAGUUGUGGAGGGUGCAGUUGAUGAAACUACCGCAUUGUUGCAGCAGAAGUGGGACAAAAUUUUCUAUACAGGUAACGGAAAAGUGGGGCGGAUAGUGAUGGCUGCUGCUGCAAAACACCUCACACCAGUCGUUCUGGAGCUUGGAGGGAAAUCUCCAACUGUUGUGGAUUCAAAUGUCAAUUUAGAGGUUACAGCUAGACGGAUAAUUUCGGGAAAGUGGUGUUGUAACAAUGGACAAGCCUGCAUUUCUCCUGAUUACGUUAUAACAACAAAAGACUUUGCCCCCAAAUUGGUUGAUGCCUUAAAGAAAGAAUUGGAAAGCUUCUUUGGAAAGAAUCCAAUAGAAUCCAAUGAUUUGUCGCGCAUUGUGAGUUCUAACCACUUUGCUCGCUUGAUAAAGAUGUUGGACGACGAUAAGGUUUCUGGCAAGAUUGUUUAUGGAGGUGAAAAGGAUGAAAGCAAAUUGAGGAUUGCUCCCACUAUUGUAUUAGACGCUCCACAAGAUUCUCUGAUUAUGAGCGAGGAGAUCUUUGGUCCAUUGCUUCCCAUCAUCACGGUGAACAAGCUGGAAGAAAGCUUCGAUGUGAUCAACGCAGGAACAAAGCCGCUUGCUGCAUAUUUAUUUACAAAUGACAACAAGUUCAAGGAGCAAUUUGUGAAGAAUGUUUCUGCUGGGGGUUUGCUUAUCAAUGACACUGUCUUACAUCUUGUGGUUCAUACUUUGCCAUUUGGGGGAGUUGGUGACAGUGGAAUGGGUGCAUACCAUGGAAAAUUCUCCUUUGAUGCUUUUACUCACAGAAAGGCAGUUCUUUAUCGCGGUUUUACGGGUGAUGCAUCGAUAAGGUACCCACCUUACACUGAUACAAAGCAGAAAUUGAUGAAGGCUCUAGUCGCCGGUGAUGUUACUGGUGUUGUUCGUGCUCUUUUUGGAUGGUCCUAAGCUUUAAUUUGUUUUCAAAUGUAGCCGAUAACUGCUAGCGAUGUAUCAUUCGUUCUGAUUCUAUUGUAUUUUAUUGUGCACAUUGAUUUUAUUGUAACAAUUUUUCUAAAAUAAACGUUUUAAGAGAGGCUUGUGCUUUUUAAAAGCAAAUUGGUUGUUGAUAUAUGAUGAGUGGUGUUGUGACAUGUCUUUUCAAA